CUCUUACCCAAUUAAUAAGAAGCUUGCUUAAAAUCUCAUAUCCAUAUACACUCUACUCUCUAGUCUCUACUACAGAAACACCUGCUGUACAUUCAUUAAUGGAAGAAAGAAGCGGGGACGGUGCCUGUGUCGCCCUUGCUCCACAGCGCUAUCGGGGCAUUCGGCAACGGAAAUGGGGGAAAUGGGUGUCUGAAAUCAGAGAGCCCGGCAAGAAAACACGCAUUUGGCUGGGGAGUUACGAGUCCCCAGAGAUGGCAGCAGCUGCAUAUGAUGUAGCUGCAUUGCAUUUCAGAGGCCAUGGAGCUCACUUGAACUUCCCUGAGCUAGUUGAUAGUCUUCCCCGCCCUGCUAGCUCAAGCGCCGAGGACGUGCAAAUGGCUGCACAAGAGGCUGCUGUGAGGUUUAGAAGGCCGAUAAAAUGUUCAGAGGUGGGCAGUGGCGGUGGCGGUGGUUGCGGUGGCGGCGGCUCUGGCGGCGGUUUGGUUCCUGUUAGGAUUGGACUCUCGCCUAGCCAAAUUCAAGCUAUAAAUGAGACACCAUUGGAUUCACCAAAGAUGUGGAUGGAGCUGGCUGGGGCUCUCUUGCUAGCAGAGCCCACGGUUUUUGGGGACAACAAUGAUGAUUUUGAAUUUGAGGAAACCCAUGAAGAUGCCUCCAUUUGGGAUUAUUAGGUAAAGUAUAUAGGUACAAAUUGUACAAUCAUGGGUAUUAUUAUAGUCAUUUAUAAGAAAGAAAUGACUAUAUAAUAUCUAAAACAAUUCCAACAAUAUAACACUAUUUUUUGUUUUUGCAGCAUAUAUUUUAACAUCUUGCAAAUUUGUUUUGGUUGCAAACUGGGGGAAAACUAAUUUAGAUGUUGAACCCAAAACCUUCUAUUUGUAAUAAUAAGCAUCCAAACUGAUGCAAUUAUUAACAUAAACAUAUAUUUAUUGGUUCUUCAAGAUAUCGUACUAUUUGUAACUAUAGACAUAUUUAUGAAUUUAAGGAUUUUUUUUGCUUUCCACUUUUCCCUUUUCCCUUUUCCCUUUUCCCUGUGGCUAGCUCCUUUAGUCUGCAAAAAUGUGUAAGUCUUUCAGAAGGCAAGGAGGGGCCAGUGCUGCCCUAGCUAUAAGAAUAU